AAGGUCUCAAAGUCGACACAGUGUGUAGAGUUCUGUAAAAAGUCAGGCGAAUUGUCGGUUUCUUCCACCGUAGUUCUACUGCCACUGCCCUGCUGAGAGAAAAACAAAAAAUGUUGCAACUGCCAGAGCAUAAGUUGAUCCAAGAUGUCUGCACGAGGUGGAACAGCAGUUUUGAUAUGAUUGAUAGGUUCAUUGAACAACAACCUGCUAUCCUUGCUGUCCUGAUGUCAAAACAGGUCCGAAAGACUGAAAAGGAUCUUGGUUUGUCAGACACUGAGCUAUGCAAUGCUGAAGACCUUGUGGGAAUCCUCAAGCCCAUGAAAACUAUUACCACUAUCCUGUGUGAUGAGAAACACCCAACUAUAUCCCUGAUAUUCCCACUGAAGGAGAAAAUCCUCAACAUGACACAAGCAGCAGAGACUGACUCAGCUUUCAUACGCAGUGUCAAGACUGCAAUAUCAGAAGAUAUAUCCAAGCGAUACAUUGAUGGGCAAGAUCUGCUGCUUCAAGCGUCAGCUAUGGAUCCAAGGUUCCGUUCUCUGCCUCAUGUUGAUGAUGCCAGACGACUUGCUGUAUUUGGUGCCAUUAUUGCAAAGACUGCAGCUCUGGCUGAUUCUGAUUCUGGCAAGGUGGAGGUGAAACUGAAAAUGAUGAAGCCAGUGGGUCCAUGGAACCAGAGGAUGGUCUGCCCCAACUUCCUGAGGCCAGUGAUCCGAAACAAAGAAGAAGAAGAAGAAGAAGAAGAAGAAGAAGAAGAAAACAAAACUCCUUAUGAAGGGUGUCAUCAUUCUUUCGAAGAUCAUACUUAUAGGAAGAAGAAGAAGGAGAAGACAAAACUCCUUAUGAAGGGUGUCAUCAUUCUUUCGAAGAUCAUACUUAUAGGAAGAAGAAGAAGACUCCUUAUGAAGGGUGUCAUCAUUCUUUCGAAAAUCAUACUUAUAGGAAGAAGAAGAAGGAGAAGACAAAACUCCUUAUGA